AUGAAGGUUAUCAUCCGAGACAACACAGAUGGGGCUUCCCAGUAUGCGGCAAAGUACAUUAUCAACCGCAUCAAAGCCUUUGCGCCUACACCAGAGAGACCUUUUGUUCUUGGGCUUCCCACAGGUAGCAGUCCGGAGCUGAUAUACCAAUACCUUGUUCAAGCACAUCGAUUUGGAGAGAUCUCAUUUGCCAAUGUCGUAACAUUCAAUAUGGACGAGUAUGUCGGCUUAGCAGAGGACCACCCCGAAUCCUACCACAGUUUCAUGUAUAAACACUUCUUUGCCCACGUUGAUAUCAAUCCAAACAACGUCAACAUACUUAACGGCAAUGCGCCCAAUCUCGCAGAAGAGUGCGCUGCUUAUGAAGAGAAAAUCGCCCGAGCAGGCGGAAUAGAUCUAUUUCUCGGAGGAAUAGGUCCAGAUGGCCAUAUUGCCUUCAAUGAGCCUGGAUCAUCCCUAAAGUCGCGCACCAGGGUCAAGACCUUGGCAGAAGACACAAUACGAGCCAAUUCACGAUUCUUCGGAGGUGAUCUGAGUCAAGUGCCUAAGCAGGCCUUAACAGUCGGAGUUCAAACAGUCAUGGACGCAAGGGAAGUGCUGGUAAUAGUGCUGGGCUCCAACAAAGCGACGGCGCUACAGAAAACGAUCGAGGGCGGUGUCAGUCAAAUGUGGACCGCCAGUGCACUUCAAUUACAUGAGUCUGCCAUCAUUGUCUGCGACGACGCCGCAACCGAUGAAAUGCUCGUGAAAACAGUCAAAUACUUCAAGAGUAUCGAACAAGUAUCCGACGAACAACAAACGGCCAGAGCGACACCUCAACAGAAAGCACAGACGAAAGUGGACAACUGGCGUGGGGCGCUCCGGCAGCUCAAGAUCGACACGGACAAGAAGGACACGGUGAUUGACCAAGAUGACGGCGAGUUGACGCCCGACAGUAUGUCUUCGCGAUUGAUCGAUUCAGCGAUCGGGAUGAAUGAGAAGAAGAUGGACGAUUUCAUCUUCGAUCGGAUGGGUUCACGAGUCUCAACAUUUGCGGCAUGA